AAAGGCAGAGCUCCAACGGUCUAAAAAUUGUCAAAGGCAAAUUAGAGGGGCUUUCUCCCCUUUGCCGCGGCGCCUACCAUCUGUUUGAUAUUUUUCAAACUCAGGAACAGAGACUCUCUCUCUCUCUCUUUAAUCUCUAUUCCUUUCCUAUUUCUACUCUUAAACAAGCAUCUAAUCCUUCAUCUGCUAUACUGUAUAACAAUAUUCAAACAUCUCUUUCGAAAUUGCCAAAAAAUCCCAAUACUUGUAUAGGAGCCUCAGGUACCAUAAAGAAAUUUUCUUGAGGAUCCCAUCUUUUCCUCCUCUGGUUUUUGGAUUUCAAGCCAAGUCAUUUUAUGCAUUUGAUGCGUGCAAUCUUUCAUUUAAGACAAAAUGUUUGGAUUUAUGAAAUCACCAGCAAAUAAAGGAACUAAGCAAAAUUCAGUAGAUUCAGAUGAUGAAUCCAAUGCCAAGCAAACACGUCAGCCUGGAAAACGAGCUGCUUCUGAACCUGUGCUCAAUAUUCCAAAUGUCCCUUUUGAUGUUAAGGGAAACCCAGACAAAUAUAAGAAUGACUUCCGUGAUUCAGGAGGACUAGAGAACCAAAGUGUUCAAGAGCUGGAGAAUUAUGCUAUGUACAAGGCUGAGGAGACAUCAAAGAGUGUUAACAAUUGCCUAAGGAUUGCUGAGGACAUCAGACAAGAUGCUACAAGAACUCUUGAUAUGUUGCAUGCUCAGGGUGAACAAAUCACCAGGACCCACCAGAUGGCCGUUGACAUGGAUAAGGAUCUGAGCAAGGGUGAAAAGCUAUUAAAUAAUCUUGGAGGCAUCUUCUCCAAGCCUUGGAGACCUAAGAAGACCCGGGAAAUAACAGGGCCUUUGAUCACAGCAGAUAAUCCAUCCAAGAAAAGUGAGAACCACAAAGAACAAAGAGAAAAGCUGGGUUUAGGAGGUAAACCAAAAGGAAAGUCAGCUCCUGCAACACCUCCUUCCGAACCAACAAAUGCCAUGCAGAAAGUUGAGCUAGAGAAGGCAAAGCAAGAUGAUGCGCUUUCAGAUUUGAGUAAUAUCCUGGGUGAUUUGAAGGGCAUGGCUUUUGAUAUGGGAAGUGAAAUUGACAGGCAAAAUAAAGCCCUUGAUCAUCUUGGUGAUGAUGUUGACGAGCUGAACUCUCGAGUGAAAGGAGCCAAUCAGCGUGCCCGCCGUUUGCUUGAGAAGUGAGACACUGAGCAGGCACCACCACCAGAUUACUAAAUUUGAUUUCUGCAUAUUGUUUAGUGGUCAUAAUGGCCUUUUUAACCCCUUCUUGGUGAAUUCAUCAGUUCAUACCUGGAAACCCUUCAUUUGUAUUCAUGCUACUGCAAUUUUUUUCCCCUUACAAGAUACUGUCAUACAAUCUUCUUCUUCCUUUUUUAGUUUUUUUCAUUGAUAAUAUGAUAUCUGUAUAGUUGAUUGUGUAUACUGCACAAGCUUGAGAAUUACUCAAAUGUCCAAUGACAAUGAAAAUUCUUCAAAAUUAUUUCUAUUUGAUGGCUUUAGAGAA